GGUCGUUGUGGUUGAAUGGCAGUGAAGGAUCAGUUCAAAUGGCUGAUUUACUGCUGUUGUUGAUGAUGGCUGACUAGAACCAUUUGUUGUCGUCAGCAUGAUUUCAGUUUCCUGUUGAGUACACGAUUUGAAGAUCUUUUCAAUUUGCCAUCACAAUUUUUCACGAGUUACCACACGUCAAACACGCACUUCCGGAAGAUGAAAAUGCGAUCUGUACCAUCUUGUAAGCUACAAUUUUCUGCACCUGUACUGGAACCAUGCGACGCUUUCCUGGCGCACGAUACCAGCAUUUAUAAGAAUACUCAUGCUCUAACUUACUGAAUUCCCGUAAUGCGUCCUCUCAAGGAAGAUGAGCACAAAAAGGUUGUGGAAAAACUGCUGAAGUACAUCAAGGAUGUUUCUUUAUUGUUAACUAGAGAGGAUGGAUCCUACAACUUAUCGCUCCAUCGCGAUCGUGUUUUUUACGCAAGGACGUCACUGAUGAAACACGCGGCCACCAUCAGCAGGAAACAUCUACUCAGUUUCGGAACUUGCUUAGGACGAUUUUCAAAAUCUGGAGUGUUUAGACUUCACGUGACCGCUCUUGAUUUUUUGGCGCCCUAUGCUAAACACCGAGUAUGGGUAAAGCCACCUGCAGAACAGCAGUUCUUGUACGGGCAACAUGUUUUGAAAUCUGGGUUGGCUCGUAUAUCAGAAGAAACCCCCCAGUAUGCAGGCGUAAUUGUUAUGAACAUGAACGACUUCCCCAUAGGUUUCGGAGUCGCUGCCAAGUCGACAUUACAGGCAAAGAACACCGAUCCAAUGACAAUUGUCGUGUUUCACCAAGCUGACGUUGGGGAAUACAUCCGAAACGAAGAUGUGCUGAUAUAGAACAUCUGCAGAAUAUAUCUUAUUUACUGUACAGUAGCAA